CAGAGCUACCAGCCAGACCCCAGGAGACGAAAGCCUUACCAUGCCUACGUUGAUGCUGCUCUUCUGCUUCCUUUUCCUGACUGGCCCCAGCCCCAGUUCUGCCUCAGAGAACAACUGUACCAGCUUCUCCACCACAUUGCCCAUCUUACUCCGAGAACUUCGAAUAGGCUUCGAGGGAGUGAAGGGAUACUUUCAAAGUAAAGACGAAUUGCUCUCUGUGAGACUGUUAGAUGAGUCUUUGCAGAACGACUUCAAGAGUUACCUGGGCUGCCAGGCCUUGUUAGACAUGAUUAAGUUUUACCUGGAUGAUGUGAUACCUCAGGCAGAGAAUGAAACGGAGAUCAAGAACAGCGUGGUCUCUUUAAAAGACAAGCUGAUUGGACUGCAAAGGACACUCAGGCAAUGUCACAAAUUCCUGCCUUGUGAAGUCCAAAGUAAUGCUGUCCAGAAAAUCAAGAACGACUAUAAACGGCUCAAUGGUAAUGCAGUUCUCAAAGCAAUGGGGGAGUUUGACACAUUCAUCAACUACAUGGAGGCAUUUCUGAUAAAGCAAUUCAAAAGCUGAGAGAUCCUUCAAACCAGAAAACCAAGACAAUGCCUCUGCUAGAAACUGGAACAAAAUGAAGCAUCUCUACAUUUAGAUGCCAGGAUUCCAUGAGCUGAGCCAGGUUUUGGAAAACCCAAUGACACCUUUUCCCCUCAAUCCCUAGGCUAUUUAUUACCUUCAGUCAAUACCUCAUCUACUAUUAUCUCUAUUUAUUUAUCAAACUUCUCUUUGAAUUAUUUAGAAAGAAGACACCUUUUUAUUUUUAAAGUAUUUAUUGUUUGUAUCUAUUAAAUUAUAUCCAUAGGAUAUCCUGUGAAUUAAAAAAAAAUAGGUUAUAGACUAUACAUCUAUGUAUGUAUGUAUGAAUGUAUAGAUAUGAAUGUGUAUAUAUAUAUUUAGCUUCUUGUUUCAGAACUAAUGGACUCCACUUUCUCAUCAGUCAAAUUUUUGUUCUUUUUCUGGGUCCCCUCACCUAGGAUUAUGGGAUCCUAGAAGCAGAGCUAGGGAGUUUGGGGUUAUCAAAUCCCAUCUCUUCAUUUUACAGAGGAGGGGGCUUGAAUGAUUUCCCAUGAUCACAGAAUUAGUAAAUGGCAGAGUGAGAUUUAAGCUGGAGACUGACAAAUCCAGCAUGAGUUCCAUAGCAUUAUACAUCAGGCUCAUGGACCUGCUGUCAUCAUGACUUCUUUUUCCUCCUUCAGAAAGGAGAACUUACAAAUGCCAUGGGCAACUCUACCGAUGAUCUGAUUCAUGCUCAAGAGGGACUUUAGGGUGUUUUUCCCUAAUUAUCUUGAAAUCCCAUCACACCAGAGCUCCCCUUUAUCUACUCUAUUCAAAUCUACUAUAUGCUUCAUUCUUAGAGGCCACAGAUUGUAUUUUAUUUUAAAUGAGUUGAUUUUAGUUCUAAUAGAACUCAAUUUUAAUUCUAAGAGCUAUGAAAUUCCUCUGAGAAAUGGAGGGUAUAAUUUUGUAACAGAUUUUAUUUUGUAAUAAAAAGAAAGAACACUCAUGAAACCCA